UUUGAACUCUAUAAAACCUACACUUGUUCUCCCAGUUUCCCCUGUCUGAUCUGCUGUUGAACAACAAGCAUACCCAAGAGAAUGAAAUUUAUAAGAAACUCAAAAAUGGUGUACCUAAGGUUUACUAGCUUUGUACUCGGUCUUCUCUUUGUUAUGCAUGCCCUUGGGAACUCUUCUGCAUGCACUCAUCAAGGUGAGGAAGGGCUUGCAGUUGCAGCAAGAGGAAAAAAUGUUGCGGUUCCAAAGUGUCAACAGGGAGUACUGCUUGAUGGUGGUAAUGCUCUCGGUUUGAGGAAAAUUGGGUUUGGAGGCCGAAGGAAAAUGGCGGAGCAAAAAGUCUCGAGUAAAGAGAUAGAAGUAGAAGGUAGAGUGAAUGGAGCUGGGACGACCUCAAAGAUUUCAGGAAAGGACAGUAACGCUUCCAAGAAUUCUCCAGGAAGAUCAUCUCAAGAUCAUAAAGUGAGUGAUCAGAGUAAUAAGAACACGUUACCAAAAGCAUCGAAGUCUGCCGGUUUGGGAAGUCCUAGGAGUAAGCUGAUCACCGCCCAUUUCCCGAACACCAAGCCGGAGAGCCCUCAAGAUUCCAAGGCAGUGCCAACCAAAGCCAGCUUGGGGAGUUCCUCAAGGUCUGACAAACCAAUAUUCUCUCAAGAAACAUAUCAUGAUCAAACUACUGCCUCUGAUCAUCAGAGAGAUGAAACCCAACGGCUUCUUGAGGCAACCAAAGAGAUUGUGAGCCUGAUGCAUAAGGAUUAUGGGAAAAUGGCUCGGCGUCCCCCACCCUCCAACAAUCAUGAGCCUUGGCAUUGAGUAAAUGCCAAAUGGAAAACCCUAGAUCAUAGGUUUUGGCUCACAAUUUUGCCCCAAGUAGGAAGUGAAUCCCCUAAUUACGUACCUACAUAUAUAUAUAAUAUCUUCUUCUUCUAUUUUAAUCUUUUUCCUUGUUUUUUAAUGGGUCACAGACUCACAAAGACGAGCUCGCAUAGGAACUAAAACUGUUGUUUGCUGCUUUGACAUGACAAUCAGAAUUAGAAGGUGCCAUAGAAGUGCUGUACAUCGAUCCAAGUGUGGUUCAUAAACCUUUUGGUAAUGUGAAGUUAGACUAGUUUUGUUUGUGAAUUA